CUACUUCCGCUAACGCCAUAGCUGUUUCAUUAGUGGUGUAACUAAGAUCACUGCUGUUCUGGUCCAGAAGGCCAAAUAGCGAAAGAGUCAUGUUGCGACUGCCGAACGUCGGCCGAGCUCUAGCCGGAGCCGCCAAGGGCAGCUUGGCUUCAUGUAGCCCAGUGCGUACUCCAGUGCGUGCUGCCAGCAAUAUGGUGGAAGUGUUUGUGGAUGGGAAGGCAGUGGAAGUAGAGCCUGGAACUACUGUGCUGCAGGCCUGUGAGAAGGCAGGAAUUCAGAUCCCCAGGUUCUGUUACCACGAGCGCCUCUCGGUGGCGGGAAACUGCCGUAUGUGUCUGGUGGAGAUUGAGAAAGCUCCAAAGCCGGUAGCAGCCUGUGCCAUGCCCGUCAUGAAAGGUUGGAACAUCCUCACCAACUCAGAGAAGACACGCAAAGCCAGAGAGGGAGUGAUGGAGUUCCUCUUGGCCAACCACCCACUGGAUUGCCCUAUUUGUGAUCAGGGAGGAGAGUGUGACCUGCAGGAUCAGUCCAUGCAGUUUGGUUCAGACCGCAGCCGUUUCUCAGAAGCAAAGAGAGCCGUGGAGGACAAAAACAUCGGGCCUCUCAUCAAAACCAUCAUGACUCGCUGUAUCCAGUGCACGCGCUGCGUCCGCUUUGCCAGUGAGAUCGCUGGAGUUGAAGAUCUGGGAACAACAGGAAGAGGAAACAACUUGCAGAUUGGAACUUACGUGGAAAAGAUGUUCAUGUCAGAGCUGUCAGGCAACGUUAUCGAUGUUUGUCCUGUCGGAGCGCUCACCUCCAAACCUUACGCUUUCACCGCACGACCAUGGGAGACCAGAAAAACCGAAUCCAUCGAUGUGUUGGAUGCUGUGGGCAGCAACAUCGUCGUGAGCACAAGAGGAGGGGAGGUGAUGAGGGUGAUGCCCAGGCUGAACGAAGACGUCAACGAAGAGUGGAUCUCUGAUAAGACCAGGUUUGCAUAUGAUGGUCUGAAGAGGCAACGGUUGACCCAGCCAAUGGUGAAGGACGCUUCAGGUCAGCUGACCCCAACCUCCUGGGAGGACGCUCUCACUCGUGUUGCUGGAGCACUGCAGAGCGUGCAGGGCAACGACGUCGCCGCCAUAGCAGGAGGGAUGGCAGACGCUGAAGCUCUGGUCUCCCUCAAAGAUCUCCUCAACAGUGUCAACUCAGAAAACCUCUGCACUGAGGAGCUCUUCCCGAUGGCAGGAGCAGGCACUGACCUGCGCUCCAACUACCUGCUGAACUCCCGCAUUGCCGGCAUCGAGGACUGUGACCUGCUGCUGCUCGUAGGAACAAACCCGCGGUAUGAAGCGCCGCUGUUCAACGCCAGAGUCCGCAAGAGCUGGCUCCAUAAUGAGCUGCGUGUUGCAAUGGUCGGCCACAAUGUCGACCUGAGCUACACGUACGACCACCUGGGAGAGGAGACUUCAGUACUGAAGGAGCUGGCUAACGGCACACACCCCUUCUGCCAGGUACUCGCGGCUGCUAAGCGUCCAGUGGUGGUCGUCGGCAGCAGCGCUCUGCAGAGGGAAGACGGAGCCGCCAUUCUGAGCACCGUCUCCACCAUCGCUCAGAACGCCAGGACUAGCAGCGGAGUGGAGGAGGGUUGGAAGGUCCUCAAUGUUCUGCACAGAGUUGCCAGUCAGGUUGCUGCACUGGAUCUGGGCUACAAGGCCGGCGUGGAUGCCAUCAGGAAUAAUCCACCCAAAGUCCUGUUUCUGCUGGGAGCUGAUGCCGGCUGCAUCACCAGAGCCGACUUGCCCAAAGACAGCCUCAUCGUCUACCAGGGUCACCAUGGUGACGUAGGAGCACCAAUGGCAGACAUCAUCCUACCCGGUGCUGCGUACACGGAGAAAAACGGCACUUAUGUCAACACUGAAGGCAGGAGCCAACACACCAAGGUGGCUGUCACUCCUCCUGGGAUGGCCAGAGAGGACUGGAGGAUCAUCAGAGCUGUGUCUGAACUGGCUGGUUUGACGCUGCCCUACGACACUCUGGACGAGGUCCGAUCCAGGCUAGCCGAGGUCUCUCCUAACCUGGUCCGCUAUGACGACGUGGAGGAGGCAAACUACUUCAAACAAGCUAAUGAACUUGCUCAGGGUCUGAACCAGGACCUCAUAGCAGCUCCUCUGGUGCCACCUCAACUUUCAGCAAAGGACUUCUACAUGACAGACUCCAUCAGCAGGGCUUCCCAGACGAUGGCCAAAUGCGUCAAAGCGGUCACAGAAGGAGCCGCCGCCGUCGACGAGCCGUCCGUCUGCUAAAAAAAACUCUCUCCUGCUCUGAAACAACUCACACUUCGCCGAACAAACUGGGUGUCGCUCCUUUAUUUAAACCUGUCCUCGAUGCUUGUUGUAUACAGUUCAAUCGUUGUCGCGCUGAGAAAGAGCUUUGUUGAAUAACUCUGAGAAACCUAUGAACUAUAAAUAAAACCCUACAAAUGUCUUUAAUCCA